ACAUGGCGCUGCCUCGGCCCUGCUGGGCGCCGCUCAAUGUCACCGCUGCGCCCCGCCCCGGCCCGCGAUUGGAGGGAGCGGCGCCGCGGGGCGCUCGGGGCCGCCGGGGCCGACACCGCCUCCGGUGGGGGCGGCCGGAGCUCUCGCAGCGGCUGCGGGAGGCGAAGGGGCCGCGAGGCCGCUGCCGGUGGAGAUGCCCGACUGGGGGCCGCUGCGCCAGGGGCCGCGCUCCGGCGGGUCCCGCCCCGCUCCGCCCCGCGCGUCAUCCCGGCUCCCCGCCGGAUUGGGCGCCGCGGCUCCCUCGGCCGAUCCAGGAUGGCGGCGCCCAGCGGAGCCGCGAGCUGCGAGGACUUUGCCGAGUUCCAGGAGCUGCUCAGGGUGAUGAGGACAAUCGAUGAUAGAAUUGUUCAUGAAUUAAACACCACGAUUCCAACAGCUUCCUUUGUGGGGAAAGUUGAUCCUGGCCAGACGUGUAAAGAGCUGUACGAGUCUUUGAUGGAUGCUCACACCAAUAGAGAAAGAAUCAUCAAAAACUGCAUCUCUCAGACUUCCGCUGUAGUGAAAACCCUUAAAGAAGAGAGGGAAAAGGCCCAUGAAGAUGCAGCAUUAUUAAAGCAACUCAGGAAAGAGCAGACAAAGUUGAAAUUGAUGCAGUCGGAGCUCAAUGUUGAAGAAGUGGUAAACGACAGAAGCUGGAAGGUAUUUAAUGAGCGGUGCCGAAUUCACUACAAGCCUCCGAAGAGUCAAUGAUGAUGUGGGGUAUUUUCCAUCAAGAUGGUCCAUAACUGUGAGAGCCAAACUGGAAAGAGACCUUGGGUGAGCUGAAUUGGGACCCUCCAGAACCAGUAGAACCCAGUCUUGUUUUGUUUUGGACCUACUUAGCUGAAUUCUCAAGCUUGAAAUGAUUCUCCUGUAAUUAAGAGAAAACAACUCACCUUUUGUACAAAAUAUGUGAACAAAUGAGUUUUAUAGUAUUAAAACAAUUUUCAAUCGGAA